AGACUCAAAAGAGACAAGAUUCACGGAUCGUCCGCUCUCACCUGCGAGAAAUUGGACGGAUCUAAGAUUCCACGCGCACGAAUUAACCUCGCAUCUACCGGCAAGGCCACGACACCACCAUUCCAUCGCUCCUCAGUGAUGGUGUCAGGGAGAAAUUCCAAAUUGCCCUAGAAUUGCCAGAGGAGAGAGACGAAAUCCUGGCCGCUGGUUCGCAACAGCUCUUUGGCUUCCUUUAUUUGUCCGCACUUUCUUUUUGCGCCAUUGGAAGCGCUACAACAGGGGCUAGACGUUCCCCUGGCUGCCAUGCAUUUGCCACGCUACGUGUGGAAGCGCUAAGCCCGGUCGCUCGCCCCCGGCCGCCAGCGCUAGUGGAGAUCAAGUGGGCAUCUUUUUCCUUUCCUUGCGUGUUCUUGUGGAUCACUAAGGAUCGAUCAAGAUCCACAUUGCGAUGAUCGCGGCGAGAAAUCGCGCCCCCCGGCGCUCAGACCAUGGCCGCUGAGCGAUCCAUCUCGGCGCUGCCACUGCCAGAGGGUUCUUGAGAUCCAGGAGCUGGGAGUGGAAGAUCGUUUCUCCCAUGGGCUGCAGUUCCUCCAAGAAUGGCAGCGCUCCUAGGGCGGAUCAAGGCUGGAAUCUCCCGCUGGUGAGGAGCCUGUCGCGCAGCUGGUCGAUGCCGCCCGUGUCGUCCAUGUCCUUCUCCAAUUGUUCCUCCGAUCAUCGCCAGUCCAGCUAUGGCGCCGCCUUGCAUCGCUACGAGAGAUCGGCCGAUUUCUCGCAAGAAAUCGAGGAGGAAGAAGAGGGAGUAGAGGAUCCGGGGGAGGUGAUCAAUCCCAGCAAGCCCAGGGUCCGGGAGAGCGAUUCGUGGGAGAUUGUGGACGAGACGGCGCUGUGCUCGAGCUCCAUCGCCAAGCCCCGGAAGAGAGCUCGGACUUACAGCAAAUCGGUGUCGCUGCCACACUCCUCCCUGUCGCGAUCGAGCGAAUUCCAGGGGCUUGUCGCGGGAUUGCCGCUGGUGCUGGAGGAGAAAUCGCCCAACGCGAGCCUCCUCCGCAAAUCCGGCGAGAAGAUUGGAAGGUCGCCGCCGCUGCUAUCGCCAAGCGUGCUGUCGCCAGGCGUGAAGAAGGGGCUCUUCUACGGUGCCUGGCUUGCGGAGGGCGACAAGGAAUCGCCCAGGAGCGUGGAGGACUGGCAAAGCAAGGGAGAGAUCGCGGGCUCCUCGCCCCCAUCGUCGCUGGAAGAUUGGUACAUCGUCGGGCCGAGAAAGAUGGAGAGAUUGGAGGCGAUCGUCGCCAAGAGCACUGGUAGUGGCGGUGGCAAUUGCUUGCGAGACAAGACCAACUUGGCGGAUCGCCAUUGUGAUCUCUCCCAUCUCCGCGAUUUCAAGCAGCGGCGGGAGGAAGAGCUCCUGGAGCGAUUCGAUCGCAAGUGCCCUCCGGGCGGGGAGAAUCGCGUGGUGCUCUACGUGACGAGCCUCCAGGGGAUCCGCAAGACCCACGAGCUGUGCCGGGCGGUGAGGACGAUCCUGGAGGUGAAUUUCGCGCGGAUCGACGAGCGGGACGUGGCGAUGCACGCCGAGUUCCGGCGCGAGCUGCGCGAUCUGGUGGGCGCCGCGCCGGUGCCUCGCCUGUUCAUCAAGGGGCGCCACAUCGGUGGCGGCGAGGAGGUGAUGGCGCUCAACGAGAGCGGAGUCCUGCGCGAGCUCCUGGAAGGGAUCCCCAAGGAGAGGGUCAAGAGAUCUUGCGAGGGGUGCGGCGGCGCGCGAUUCAUCCCGUGCGUCGAGUGUGGCGGGAGCUGCAAGCUCCUGGUGGCCGGUGGCGGUGGCGAUGGUGGCGGGCAGGGGAUCGUGCGCUGCUGGGAUUGCAAUGAAAACGGUCUCGUGAGAUGUCCAAUCUGUUACUGAUCGGUGCCAGCGAUCGAUCAAUCGAUAGCGAAUUUGGGGAAUCUCUCUCGCGAUUGCGACAA